AUGUCGCGCCGAGAUAUUCAUCUACGAAAAUCCCUGGGUAGCCUCUCUGGCCAUAUUCAAAACGCCCGUGUACUGCUAGUUGGAGCAGGAGAUAUUAUCGACCUGGAUACCAUCGACCUGUCUAACCUGAAUAGACAGUUUCUUUUUAGACACGAGCAUAUCAAACAACCUAAAGCCCUAAUUGCUAAACUUGUCGCACAAAAGUUUCGACCACAGGCAAAACUCAAUGCCCAUCAUGCCAAUAUCAAAGAUCGCCAGUUCAGUGUUGAAUGGUUUUCGUCCUUUAAUAUUGUAUUCAAUGCGCUGGACAAUUUAGAUGCUCGCCGGCAUGUCAACCAUAUGUGUUUAGCUGCGAACGUACCGCUCAUUGAAAGUGGAACAACGGGGUUUAACGGCCAAGUUCAAGUGAUAAAAAAAGGGCUUACCGAAUGUUAUGAUUGUACAAGCAAACCAGUUCCAAAAUCCUUUCCAGUUUGUACCAUAAGGAGUACACCUAGCCAGCCAAUCCACUGCAUUGUAUGGGCCAAGAGUUAUUUGUUACCGGAGCUUUUUGGUACUUCUGAGGACGAUGUUGAAAUGGACCACUCGGAAGAUCCUGAAAACCGAGGAGAGAUCGAGAGUCUGCGAGAAGAAGCGCGGGCUUUGCAGGAAAUCAGGAACUCAAUGGACAAUCCAGAUUUUGCGAAAAACGUUUUUGAGAAAGUCUUUACAAAAGACAUUACUCGACUGCAGAGCUGCGAGGAUAUGUGGAAAAGCCGAAAAGCGCCGGACCCGCUCUCUUAUGAAAGCCUACAAGCCGAAGCAAAUGAAUGUGAUCCUUCGUCUGACCAAAAAGUAUGGACUUUAAGUGAGAACUUUUCUGUCUUUAAGGAUAGUAUCGAAAGGUUGAAAACCAGGUUCCGGGAUCUUCAAACAGCAGCGCCUGAUGGGCCUCCUCCUUCUUUGACUUUCGAUAAAGAUGACGUCGACACCCUCGACUUCGUAGCCGCAAGUGCAAACCUACGUUCAGCAAUAUUUUCGGUCGAGCUGAAAUCAAAGUUUGAUAUCAAACAAAUGGCUGGAAAUAUUAUUCCUGCAAUCGCUACAACAAAUGCAAUGACAGCGGCUCUUUGUGUUUUGCAAGCCUUCAAAGUAAUGAAGAAGGAUUAUGACAAUGCCAAAAUGAUUUUCCUCGAGCGUUCUGGUGUCAGAGCGAUCAAUACAGAUAGCCUUAAGCCGCCAAAUCCGGAAUGUCCUGUUUGCUCCGUUGCUCAGGUCAAGAUAUUUGUUACCGAAACAGCGACUCUCCAUGAUUUGGUCGAAGGUAUUCUUCGGUUGAAACUUGGUUACAGAGAGGAAUUUUCUAUAAGCAGUCCACUGGGAAUCAUUUAUGAUCCCGACUUGGAAGAAAAUUUACCUAAGAAACUGAGUCAUCUUGGUGUUGAGAAGGAUAGUUUUGUUACUGUCAUUGACGAAGCAGAUGAUAGCCCAAAAGUGAACUUGGAGUUGUUGAUUGCUGAAGGGGUAAUCCCUGAAACUGAGGUGCCAUUAUUGCUAGAGAGUAUGAUCGAAGUUCCCUCAAAGCCCAAAAUAACGGUUCCAGAAGUACCAUCAGCAACUGAACUAGCAUCAACAAAUGGCGCGACUGCUAAAAGGAAACGCGGUCCAGAUGAAGCAGAGCUUGAGGAUGACCAGAAGAGGAAACUGGUCAAAACUAACACUAGUGGCGACGGCGAAAAACCCAUUAUUCUUGACGACGACGAAGGCGGUGCUAUAUUAAUCGACGACUAA